AUGGGCAAUACGCUAUCCGCAUACACCGAAAUCCCCUAUGUGAUAGAUCUUGGGCCUCAGGGUAAAAUCAAAGGAAUCCAGUACGACAACAAUGCUCGAAGAUAUGCAGGCGUCCCUUAUGCUCAACCCCCAGUAGGUGCAAAUAGCUGGAAAAAACCCAUACCCCUCUCCAGCACCCACAGCUACACUCAACUAGACGGAACUCCUUUUGACGCAACUUUCUUCCGCCCUGUUUGCCCACAAGCGACAUUCUCCCGAGGCGCGGAGAAGGAUGCAGGCCCGAAAACCUACAGUGAAGACUGUCUUCUUCUCAAUAUCUGGAUGCCAGUUGAAGAACAAGGGUUGAACAAGAAAUGGCCUGUCGUGCUCUGGCUUCAUGGAGGGUGGUUCCAGCUCGGCGACCCUCUCCAAGAAGUCGGCAUGAAUCCCACCGAGUGA